GUGUGGGGGGUGGUGAGGCACAGCUCUCAGUCCUUGUACCUGUUACAGAUUUCUCACUGGGGAUGGCCUGGGGAAUCAGCAGUUCUGGUCGGACAGAUUCCUGCCGUGAUCACGUUAACAGCUUAUUUCUUUAACAUUCCUGUUCGGGCAUCUCCAGCCAGACCGGCAAACACCGCCCAUUCCCGAUUGUCCGGGUGACUCGCGUGUAAGCCAGAGCAGGGUCGGUCUUCCUCAAGAGCAAUUACAACACAUAAUCUCAGCCUCACUGGUUCGUACUGUUCUGCCUACCAUAGCUUUUGUCUCAAGAAAUGGAAACCUCAGCAACAGAAACGAUCCUGAUCACUGGCGGGGCAGGUUAUUUAGGAUACAGGUUGGGCUGUGCCCUGCACAGGGUGGGCAGAAAAGUGAUCCUCUUUGACAUCCAAAAGCCCAUUCAGCAUGUGCCUGACACGGUAGCCUUUAUAAAAGGAGAUAUUUGCAACUACCAAGAAGUGGAUCAUGUAAUAAGGAAUGCAGAUUGUGUUUUCCAUUUAGCUUCAUAUGGCAUGUCUGGAAGGGAACAAUUAAAUAAAAAAUUAAUAGAGGACGUCAAUGUUAAAGGGACAGAGCAUGUGAUCCAAGCCUGCCUGAACAAUGGGAUAUCAAGACUGCUUUACACAAGUACAUAUAAUGUUGUAUUUGGAGGCCAAGUAAUUAAAAAUGGGGAUGAAUCUCUCCCUUAUCUUCCACUGCAUCUUCAUCCAGAUCAUUACUCAAGGACUAAAUCUUUAGCGGAGAUGAAGGUGCUUCAAGCAAAUGGAACAAAGCUAAAGAAAGGCACUGGUGUUUUAUACACCUGUGCCCUGCGUCCAGCAGGCAUUUAUGGACCUGGUGAGCAAAGACAUCUUCCCAGAAUAGUUAAUUAUAUAGAGAGUGGACUCUUCAAGUUUUUGUAUGGAGCAGCAGAUAGUUUGGUGGAAUUUGUCCAUGUUGACAACCUUGUUUCUGCGCACAUACUGGCAUCAGAAGCUCUAACAGGGAGAAAAAAUCACAUUGCUGGUGGCCAAGCUUAUUUUAUCUCUGAUGGCAAGCCAGUGAAUAACUUCGAAUUUUUCAAACCAUUAGUAGAAGGCCUUGGAUACAAAUACCCUACAAUUCGGCUGCCACUCAGACUGGUCUAUUUUGUUGCUUUCCUCACUGAAAUCAUUCAUUUUUGUGUAGGUGGCAUUUAUAAUUUUCAACCAUUUUUGACGCGCACAGAAGUUUAUAAAACAGGAGUCACUCAUUAUUUUAGCCUGCAGAAAGCUAGGAAAGAACUAGGGUACAACCCACAGGAACAUAACCUUGGUGAUGUUGUGGAGUGGUUCAAAACACGUGGUCAUGGGCGGAAGGUAACUGGCUACAAUAUUAAAUGCUUUAUAUGGGAUGUGAUUUUCUUAAUGUUGCUGUCAGCUGUUAUCAUGUCUUGGAUUCCAGUAGUUUCAGGAUAGUUUGUUUCAUUUGACAUUCCUCACUGCCUGGACUUUAGUUGGAAUGCUUUCAAAAUAGAGGCUACAACCUGAGUCUCAGUAUGUUACCAUAUCUCAAGGAAUUAACUAGACUGCACAACCUGUGACAGACAAAGGUACAAAUGUCUGGUUUAGUUUGUAAGUUGUCCAAAUGUCGCAUCAUGGCAAGUUCUUUAUUGCGGUCAGUUAUUUCUUUUACAUGUAUCAUUGUAGUGUUUUAAUAUUGAAAUACUUUUUGAAAAAGGGAAAUUUAAAGAAAGCUUUUGGCAUGAAGGACAGAAGACAAUACAAUGCCUGUCACGUCUUCUGUCCUUAUAAUCUUCAGUUGUCUGUUAGGCACAACAAUGAGCCAAAAUCCUUAAUGUUCUUUUUAAUAAACUCACAGACAUCAGGGACAAUUUUGAUCAUGUAGUGAAGGAAAUGAUUCAUAAUGGGUAAGUUUGGAAUUAUCCUUGUCCUCCAGAAUACUGAUGGGGAAGCAAUAUUUCAUUCCUAUUUCAUAGGGAUUAAAUCCCUAUUUCAUAGAACAAUAUGAAAUAGGGAUUUAAAUCCUUAUUUCAUAGAACAUAGAACAAUAUAGCACAGUAUGGGCUCAUCGCCCCUUGAUGUUGUGCCAACCUUUUAUCCUACUGUUAAGACCAGACUGACCUACAUAGCCUCCAUUGUACUAUAUUCCAUGUGCCUAUCCAAGAGUUGUUUAAAUGCCCUGAAUGUAUCUGAUUCUACUACCACUGCUGGCAGUGCAUUCCAUGCACGCACCACUCUCAAAGAAUUCAGUAAGGCUUGUGAGGCAUGACCUGUCCCUCACAAAGCCAUGCUGACUAUCUCUAAUCAAACUUUGAUUUUCCAAGUAAUCAUAAAUCCCAUCUCUCAGAUUCCUCUCCAAUACUUUGCCCAUCACAGAUAUAAGACUGACUGGUCUGUAAUUCCCAGGAUUAUCCCUAUUCCCUUUCAUGAACAAGGGAAUAAUAUUUGUCAACCUCCAAUCAUCUGGCACUACUCCAGUGGACAGAGAGGAUGUAAAGAUCAUUGCCAAAGGCACAGCAAUCUCUUCCCUCACUUCCUGUUAUCACCUGGGGUACAUCCCGUCUGGCUCACGAGAUUUAUCAGUCCUUGCAUCUUUCAAAAUCUUCAGCACAUCCUUCUCCUUAACAUAAACCUGUUCGAGCAUAUCACACUCAAAAAUGUCAAGGUCUCUCUCAGUAGUGAAUAGUCUUCUCCGACUCCAGGUUCCCUCCUUUCGAUUUUGUCUGUAAAGUGUUUAGAAGAAAGAAGUGUUAAAGACGAAUUGAAUUUUUUUUUGUCACUGAACUAUAAAAUACUGUUAAACAAAAUGAUAAAGCAAGUGCAGCAAACUUUUUAUUAACCGCUGUGUAUGGGACCAGAAGUGUGCUACUUGGAUUAAGAGGUCCACAUAAUCCAUGUCAAAAUAUAGAGUAAUAGAAACAUCACUGCUAUACCUUAUUUGCAGCAUAAAUUGCUCAAAUAAUAAUGAAACAUUGCCUUAAAUAUAACAGAGACCCUUCUGACUCUUAAACUGAACUGACUAUUCAGACAUCAGGAUAAUACAGUAAACUUCCGGUAUUUCAGGAAUAUAAUUCUUGCAGGUUUAUUGAGAGUACUGGUUCAUAAGGUGCCAGUUAAAACAAAUUUUUCUCUAUUAGAAGUUAACUGACUAAAUGUAGAGAAUUUGAAGAAAUUAUUUGUAUUCUGAUCCUUUAGUGGAGAUACAUCAUGAAGCACUUUACAGUUCGUACUGAAACUUGUGUGAAAUGGUUUAAGUGGUUUGAAGGUUAAACUACAGUUACAUUCAUACUAUAAUUGUUGGAGUAUAUAAUUCUCCAAAGCUGCAUGACAUGUAAUGGUGACAUAAAUUAAGAUAAAUGAGAGAACAUUUUCGUACAACACUUCUGUAUGCCUCAGUGUUUCUGAUAAUUAAUUAGUAUUUGAAUUAUAAUUUUUUUAAAAAGCAGGGGGAAAUUGUCAUUAUUUUGUGCCAGCUAGGCUUUGAUUUUGCAGUAAGAGUAUUAGGGCAAACCAGAAGAUUGCUAUACACUGGUAGCAUGAGAUCCUUGUCUAAGAGCAGGAAAGUAGGAACUGCAGCAGUACAGCACUCACCCAAAGCCACACACAGUAUAGGUUGAGCUCAAAUUCUAAUCAGGAGAUUUUGUCCACUUCUACGAGAGAAAAUGUGACUUCAGGCAAACUGACAUGUUGCUAAAAACAGAGAUUAGUUUGCGUAGCCCUCUUUCAGUCUUCCUUGGACACACAUAUAUGAACUUCAAUUUAUACUUAAACACAGACUUGUAGACAUGUGUUUUAAAAUUGAGAAAAAGCAUUCACAAACAGUGACAAAUAUACGGAGAUAAAUAAAGCUUAUUUAAUAUCACACAUUAUGUUAUUAGUAUAAUAGGUUUUGGAUAACUCUUUGGGUUUUUAUCUGACAUUGCAAAUCAUGUAGCAAUUUGGCUGAAAUGUAUGUAAUGGAUAUUCAUCAUUUUCAGAUCUUAUUUUAAACUCACAAAGUAAUUUGCUGCAAAUUUUUUGUUAACUAGAAAUGAUGAAAUUGAGAUGGAGUCCAUAUCAAUGUGCGUUAUUUGUACACCACUGAGUUGAAACAGAAAACUAAUUUACGAGUAAUCAUUUAAAGAUUUGUUUCUUUGGUGUCCUAAACUUGAUAUCAUUUGUGCAGAUACAAUGCUGUAAUUUUUAAAUGUGAUUUCCAAAAGUGUAACCUUUGUUUAGCAAAUGGGUUAUUCUGGUGUAAUGGUACAUUUUA